UUUUUAAUAAAUUCAAAACAUCUUUUCCAUUUUCUGAGGCGCAAAACAUCUCUCUCACCAUCCAAUCUAAUAGAAGCGGCGAGCCAUCAACAUCAACAAGUUCAAAUGCAACAACAAUCAGUAGACCGACUUCCUGGAAACGUUCGUUAUUCAAUCAGUUUUCCCUACGACAAUUUCGAAAAACAUCCAAACAACGAAACCAAAAUAACCAAAAACAGCUCAAUUCUGCGGGUAACAGAUCCACUUCUACCUGAUAAAAGUUGUCUUGAUAUGUCAGAAAUUCCAAAUUCUAAUUUCGGUAAUUUUUCUUUUUAA